AUGGAUAUAAAAGCGGCGAGAUGAAAGGAUCGGAGCACAGUGCGACUGGAGAGUCCUAGAGCUCUUCGGAAUGACCAGUGAAACGUCGUGGAGCCUGAGGGCUCUGGCCCUGAUACUAGUUGUCGCGGCCAUUUCGGCCCUACCAACUUCAGAUCCUGGUGCGGAUGUAGUAAUUGAUCCGAUAAUUGUCGACGACACUACCUUGUCGACUGAGCUGAAGCCUCCACCGAAACCUGAGAAGGAACAUCAGUACGUGCUCUUCGUUAUAAAUCUCUUCGCAGUGAAGAACUCUAGUGGCGAGUCUGCCGAAGAAAUAUUCGAAAACGAAGUAGUUGAGAAAGUACCAAGCCUGCUAGGACCGUUGGCCACCGUGUUCCUGCUCGUCGAGGUCGACGGCAACGACACGGAAACCAACGAGCCGGUGAAUCUCGAUGAAGUGGCGACAGACCUCGAAGACGUUGAGGGUUUCAAAGUGGAGAAGAUCAAGGAGAAUGGCGAGACGAAAUUGCUCAAAGUGAAUCUGGAUCAGAAUGACAUCGACGGCAUGAUGCCGUCGAAAUCGAAGCUGGAGAAGAUGACGAAAGUCCGUAACAAGAGGUCACCCUGUCUGAAGUGCAAACUGAAAGGUUUCCAUGGCGGCGGAGGUGGAUACGGCGGCGGAGGUGGAUACGGAGGCGGAGGCGGAGGCGGAGGUGGGUUCGGUGGCGGAGCUGGGUUCGGUGGCGGACUUGGCGGUGGAGGUGGAGGCGGCCUGGGUGGAGGAGGAUACAACAAGGGCGGUUGCGGUGGAGGAGGCUGUGGGGGUGGUGGAUACCCUGGGGGAGGCGGAGGUUAUCCAGGAGGUUGCGGCGGUGGCUAUCCUAGUGGUGGCGGUGGCUACCCAGGAGGUGGUGGAGGUGGCUACCCAGGAGGUGGUGGAGGUGGGUAUCCUAGCGGUGGAGGUGGGUAUCCUAGCGGUGGAGGUUGUGGUGGAGGAGGUUGCACAGGUGGCUAUGGUUACCCCAGCGGUGGAAGCAAAACAAUUGGUGUUAUACCCGUAGUUGUUGUACCUGUUGCAGUUGGUUAUCCAUCUUAUCACCAGCCGUCUGGGGGAGGUUGCAAUACAUGUGGCGGCGGCGGUGGCGGAGGUUCGUACGCCCAAGCUUCCGCAUCAGCAGGAAGUUGGGGUAAAUAAACCAAAGGGAAACAUCAAGAGUGGAAAAGUUGCCAGUCGUCAUGCUGCCGAUAGUCAAAUAAUCGCAACGAUGUAUCGAACCGAAACACGUUAACACCCCGAUCAUGUUAAUUUUACUACAAUGUAACCGUCCGUCAUCGCGAUCGUCCAUUUGUACAGUCACUCUGCCAAGAAUCAAAUAAACGAAGGAAAAAAACGAAAA